GAUGAAUCCUUGGCGCGUGAAGGCCUGUAGCAUCGUGAGGGGUCACCUUCUCCAGCACGCCGUGACAACAAGGCGUAUCAGUUCAGCACGUCAGACAGCCCAGAACAACACGCAAACAAUGGCACCUCAGCUCAUCUUCGGGACAGGCGUCCUCGGCAUGGACGGGACCGAGUUCCAGGACAAGGACGCCGUCACGGACCUGCUGAGCACGCUCAAACAGCUCGGCAUCAACCGCCUCGACACGGCGGCUCGCUACCCGCCCUUCAACCCAGGCAGGUCGGAGCAGCUCAUCGGCGAGGCAGACACGAGCGGCGCGUUCGUGGUGGACACGAAGGUCUACACCGAGGUCGGCGACGGCAGCGGUGAUCUCACGCAGGCGGCGAUGCAAAAGUCAGUGGGCGGCAGCCUCUCGCGGCUGCAGCGGCCACACGUGAACGUGCUGUUCGCCCACCGCCCCGACCCGGCCACGCCGCUCGAGGAGCAGGUCCGGGGCUUCCAGGACCAGGUCUCGCGGGGCCUCGCGAGGGAGUGGGGCGUCGCGAACCACCCGCCCGAGGCGCUGGAGCGGAUCAUCGCCCUGUGCGCGGAGAAGGGCUGGGCGAAGCCGACGUGGUACCAGGGCACGUACAACAUGCUCACGCGCGGCGCCGAGGCGCGCGUGCUGCCCGUGCUGCGGGCCCACGGCAUGUCGUUCCUGGCCUCGCAUGCGCUCGCGUCGGGAUUCCUGACGGGCGGGCAUGUUGACGCUGAGGGGAGGCCUACGGGCCGCUUUGCUAAGAAUGCGAAUCUUGCACAUCCCGAGGUGGCGGCUGCGAUGAAGGAGUUCGUGGACGGCUGUAGCGCCCACGAUCUGCAGCCCGUCGAGGUUGCGAGCCGUUGGACGUCGCACCACUCCGCGCUCGGCGACGGUGACGCUAUUGUUCUGGGCGCGAGUAAGCUGGAGCAAGUGGGUGAUACGGUGGCACAUAUCAGCAAAGGUCCGCUUCCCCAGGAGAUGGUUGUGCUGGUGGACAGGGUUUGGGCCACGGUGACACCAAUACGCGGCUCGAUGAUAUGAAGAAGUGGUAAUUAAAAACGCAUAUCGUUGUUUUUAGGCCUGGGCCGUCUGGUAUUGUACUGGAUAGACGCUAGAAGAAAAUUGAUGCAUACAUGUUAUGUGAAG